AGCCAAAGACUCCACCAGCAACUCCAGAGCUCUGCCUGCUGGUAUUGUCUUCCUUCCUCACUCGACUUGUUGAUCGAGGGGGAGUGAUCGCAGUGGUAUCAGGGCCACUGAUUGGCAGCAAGUCGCCAGGCCGUGUUUAUCACAGUGUAAUCCGUGAAACUCUCAAACCAAACUGACGUGCACACACCAUCAAACCGUGUACUGGAGACCAGACCUGUGGUGUAAAUUGUACAGGAAGGUACCACCGUCUACCUUGGAGUUUGUAGGCUAACAAAACGGACAAGGUGUCCUUAUGUCAACUGGGUGUCUUUAUGUUCGCCAUUGUUGGGAGUUUGGAAACUUUGACAUGAUGAGUGUUUGGAUGUGGAAUUACACGACCGACCAGAGUGGAAACUUUGCAACUUAAACCACAGCCAGGCUGCAUGGUGAUUGCUCAUGGUGACGGACACUUUUGCAGAACCGUGACUUAAAGUACAGGGAUUAUCCAGACCUCCGGGAAUAAUCAUCAAGCAAGGGAUUGAUCAAUACGAAGACAGGAAGUCAACAGGUUCACCUAUUUCCAAACUUUCUCUCUGAAUACGUGUCAAAUUGUGACCCUGUGUGUGCUGUAUUAUUCUGGAAGAACAAGAAGGAUGUUCUGUCGUGGACUUUACCAUGAAGGUUGUAAUUCUGUCCGCUGACUGAGGAAUGCCAACUUUCCCACUUGACGGACAUUUCUAGUGUUACAUCUGAUAACUGCUCCGAACUUGAUUAAUUUGUCUUCAAGAAAACGGGAUCCUAAACCAUUUUGCAGUUCCACUAAAUGUAGUUUGUGAGACAGGAAGGAUCGAAGGACUUGAGCAUAAUUAGGUGUGAGAAUUGAAGGGUGUAAUCAAGUGAAUAAGUGGCGUCAACCAUCUUCAUAAUUCAGAGACACCAAAGAGGUAACUGCAAAUCAAACAAAGAUUCAGACAACAACAUUACAAAAACUUCAUAAAAAACGAACCUCACAACACAGUGGCUUGGAAUAUAACUUUCAGCAAAAUUAAAUCUGUCUUCCGAAAGACGAUUAAAUUCGUUCCUAAUCUACCAGGUGAAGCUUGUGUAAAUCCCACCCCACAGCUUGAAGAGACUAUAUUACCAUUAUUCAAUAGCCAAACAGCAAUUUCUAAUUUUGAGAAGAUGAUGAAAAUUGAAGGGAAGGACACUCCUGCAGUCUCCACUCUUGGAGCCUCAACCAACCGCUCAUGGAUUUAGCUGGGUGGCAAUUAGUAGACAACAGCUUGAGAAACCGAAUGACACGUCCUAACUUCAUCAGCUGAAUUUUGUUUAUUGGACAUGGAAGCAAGCUUGUUGUGCCUUUUAUCAUGUGAAGUGGAGACAAAGCCACUUCAUAGAAUUAGAUCCGUUUUUGAAUUUAGAUUGGAGACGCUGUAAGUUAUCAUCUUAUGCUUUCCUAUUAAGGAAUGUGGUUUUAUCUCGCUGUGUGAACUCCCAUCAAAUCACUCUUUUCUUCUUCUAGGAGGGAGUUAAGUGAAAUUUAUAUCCCUAAACUUGAUAAACAAACUCAAGCUGGAGAAAUUCUGUUUGUUUUGGAUUCAAAAUACAUUCAUUUGAAAGUGAGUUUCAUUCUGAAACAUAUUUUGGGAUCUGAAUCUAACGAUUUUUCAUUGCCACAAAUGCAGUUACGGUUGGAUUUAUAACUUGAGAAAGGGAAACGGAUUCAACUUCAAAAUGGCUGCAAAUUCAAUUGGUUACCAAAGUGGACAUUUACCCAUGGUGAAUGGCUCUGACAUUCUCAAACCCAGUGUGGUGAUUGACGUGGCGGAGGCCGUGACACAAAUGUUGACAGCCACAACGCCAUCACCAAUCCAGAAAUUUGGCACCUCAUACGGUAGGAUUCAUGGCUACCUCAGCAUAGCUGUAUGUAUUUUUGGAAUUAUAUCCAAUGCCUUGAAUAUAAUUGUCCUCACGCGCAAGCAUAUGUUAUCACCGACUAACUAUAUCCUCACGGCGCUGGCAAUAGCAGACAUGCUUACGAUGAGCACGUACCCGAUCAUGGCAACAUACUUGUACAUCAUCAGCCAACCUAACUGUGAUGAUGUGAAACACCCAAAGGAGUGGAUGUACUUCAUUCUGUUCCACAACCUAUUCAUCGUCACGUGUCACAACAUGGCUAUGUGGUUGACAGUAGCACUAGCAGUGUUCAGGUACAUAUUUGUUUGCAUCCCAUCCAAAGCCAUGACACUAUGCAGUGCACAACGAGCCAAACUGACGGUAGGCUUAAUUGUAAUUGUUACCAUCAUUGUCUGCUGUCCCAACUAUGUUAUAUACCAGGUAGUGGAUUUAAGAACACAAUACCCUAAUUCUACUUCAUGCUAUUGGAUUUUGGAAACGGAAUUUGCCAGUAAGCAUGUCUGGUAUACGUCCUUUGUGAAGUGGCUGUAUGGGGUGGUUAUCAAAAUCCUCCCUUGCAUCUUACUGGUAUUUCUAAGCACACUGCUCAUUCUGGCUAUGCAGCAGGCGAAAAGACGCCGUGCUCGACUACUAGGAAAAGUGAGCCGAGCAUCUGACCAUGAACAUCAAUCCAACGAGCACAACCGCACAACGGUCAUGUUGGUGGCUGUUGUGAUGUUUUUUGUUAUAACAGAACUGCCUCAAGGAAUCCUGGCCCUAAUAGGAUCUAUGAGUACUGAACUGUGGGACGUGUACGUCACUCUGGGGGACCUGAUGGACAUUCUGGUUCUCAUCAACAGCGUCAACUUCAUCCUCUACUGCAUCAUGAGUCAGCAGUUCAGGAACACCUUCAAGAACCUCUUCAUCGGCAAGAACAAAACCUUCUUCAGUAAAUAUCACAAGCAGAAUGGGGCUACCUACAGCGUUGUAAAGACUGACACCACCAUGGUAUAGUGAUGAGACAAGGUCAGAUUCUUGUGAAGAUUCAACACUCCUGAAACGCAGCUGAACUGAUACAGGUAUAUGCCUUGGAUAACACUUCACAUGAAUAUAUGAGAAUGCACACACCAUUGGGUAAAACAUUCAGUGCCUCUUACUUGUGCCGAGUGAGUGUGGUGGGUGAUCUUCAAAAACAAAUAUUGAUCUUCAUGGGAUGAAGACUUUGUUGGUGGAGAUCUCACACUUCAGGAGUAUUCUUGUUGCUGUCAUCCCAUGCUUACCUACAAAUGUAUUAUUCAAUAUGAACACAACGCGACCUGCUGAAGCAUGUUUGAUUGUAAAUUACACGGUGUCAUGAAUGGAAAAUUUCGUGAAGAAAAACAUCUUCAUAACUGAUAAUGGUGAGACGUUCUGAUGUCGGACACCAUCAACAUGGAAAGUGUUCAUGUGCAGGAACAGAAGAACAAGAACACUUUGUCAGAUCCAGAGCUUCUGGAGGAACAAAAGCUUUGUUAAAUCCUGCUGGCAGGAUUUGCUUUCAGGAUAACUAAAAACUAUUGGAACUACUGAAACGUCAUAAGCCACUGGAAGAGGUUGUGCGAUGACCUUCGAUCUUGAUAAUCUCAACUGAUAUUAAUCACAUCCAGAUUGAAAGAUUUCAAAAGGUUUGUCUUGUAGCAUGAAACAGUGACAAUGUUCUUGAAGACAAAAUGAACUGUAUCUAUGUACAUAGCUUGGGAAGAAGCUGUCUGGAAGCAUUGUGAUGGCAAAGUAUCUGAAGGAUUCUAUACCUGUGAUGACAUGGAACCAUACAAAGGUUAUGCAUAACCAAAUAUUAACAUUUGGUGUGCAGAAGAAUGGUAUCAGAUGUGAUAUAUUUACUUUAGGAUAAUGGUUGCCUUAUUUAAGCUUCAGUAUGGCUGUUCUUGUGGAACAGUCCUGUAGAUUAUUUUAUCUAGCCAUGGCUUGUAGAGACCAAAGAGCCAUAUGCAAACUCAUGUGUCAGAGUGACGUGGCGAUAGAAGCAUGCAUCUUGACUUGUCAGGUCAUAAUAAAAUGUUUUGAAAUAGUUCAAAAUGAAUGAGGCAUUUGUGAGGAUGAUGUAUGUUUUUUCUGUAAAAACAGACUUGUUAGUGACUUUGUUCAAGGCCAACAGCAUGUUUUCUGACCUUGGGCCUUGACCCCUUCUCAAGGUCAUGCAAACAUGCUACCAAACAUUUUCGCCUUAAACAGUUACUCACAAGUACCAGUCAGGCAUACUGGUAUUCAUGGGUUGUACAUUAUGUUUCUAUUUUGUUUUUCAGAGAUGCUGAAAAUUAUGCAUAUAUAUAAAUGCAUGAUGUAUUAUGCAAUAUAUACAUAAUAUUCAGGUGACAGAUAAGAAUGGUAUUCCCUCAUUUGCAAAAAAAAAGAAGAAAUUUUAAUUCACUGAACUGAGAAACUGAAAUUGUGACAAAAUUCUUAAAGAUGUUUCAAAACAGCAUUCAUCAAAGGAAUAGUAUACCAAACAGAUAUAUGGAAUAUACCAUCAAAAAAGUAUUACACAUGAACAAACAUACUAUUUUGCAAUAGUGAACAACAGCACAGUGAGAAAUAUUCAUUUAAGAUGAUUAAAAUGUAAAGUGUUCAGUAAUUGGUAAAAAUUUCAUACAAAUAUGUGUCUUCUUUAGUUUUUGUAAGGUUUCAAAUUGGAUUCUUGGUAAUGAAUUCUCCAAGUUGUUUCAAGACAAAUAAAAACUACCCAGAAUAACGGUGUAAAUAUCAGGUCAUACAUGAUUCAGUAUUUGUAUUGUACACAAUAAACAAAUCAAGAAAACAUACAGUACCUGAAGAAACAAAACCAAAUCCAGAAAUAGAGUAUGAAUGAUGAAAAGCAUUGAUUCAGAUUUUUGUUGAAUUUAUCUAUUUGCAAUGGUCAACCUUUGAGCAAGCAUAUAUAUUUGAAAUAUAAAAAGAUGCUAUUGAAUAUUCUAUUUCAACAAGAGCCAUUGAAGAUCCCUGUGUCAACAAAAUGAACCACAUUCCAUUCACAAUUUACAAAUAGUGUACAUAUGACACACAUACAUAAAUUUCAUUCAGUUAUGAAAAUAAAAUUGUAAAACAAUAAGAGAGACAAGGCAUGUUUAAAAUAUAUAUUCUAUACAUGAAAUGCAUAUUUUCUACCUAAUAUUGAAUUUAUUUUCAAAAAUACAGAAAAAAUUAAACUGAAACAGGAUUGAAUUUGCAAGUGAAGGAAUAUAUCAUGUUUAUUUGACAAAUACUCCAAAAUGAUGUUGGAAAUUGUUUAUCGAGAUGUGAUACUGCCUAAUGUUAUAUUGUACAGUUCAUUGUUAAUAACAUAUUUAGUUGUUUGCUUGCUAUUGUACUUUUUGUCACAAAAAAUGUACCAGCUUUGUACAAACAUGGCUUUUUGACAUAACUGAGCUCAAGUUUAAUUUGUUAUGUGACAGUUAUUAAACUAAUUUAAAAUGUCA